GAGAGCAACACGGGAGCUGUCGGCUACGUGACCGUCACCAAACUGGACAACGGUGACCUUCAACUGGACACCAACCAUAUCCCUGAUCACGACACAGGGGUCUUCCCCAACCCAAAUCCAGGAGGCGCGAAUCCAAACCCGAUUGUCGAACAGACGCAGACCUACACCGUCCCAAACAACCCCAUGAUCGCCGCCAAGACCUCGUGCCUCAACAUGGGCACCGUAGGUGUAGCAGUCAACGGUGUGGCCUUGUUUAGUCCAUUUGACCUAGAGGGUGAUAAUGCUGUGGAGGGCCCCGGGGCGGAGACGUUUGACUCGUGUGACGGUCACCCUACAGGUAAUGGCUUGUACCACUAUCACCAGCUGCCCGACUGCCUGAGCGACAACACCCCUGGACAGCUCAUCGGUGUCGCCCUUGACGGCUUCCCAAUCUACGGGCCUGUUGACGCGGAUGGCAAUGACGUCACUAGCGCGGAUCUUGAUGGGUGCAAUGGCAGAUACGUCGGCGGAGAGUACAGGUAUCACGUGACUCGGACUUUCCCCUACAUAAUGGGCUGCUAUAGUGGAACGCCACCUCCAGCGGGCAACCGUCGCUGCGAUUUUGCUCUGAACACGCCGGUACCUGGAGCAGACGCCAUGACGACCCAACCGGCAGACAAAGACGACAGCACCGCCGAGACAGCUGACAAGACAACCGCUCCCUAUCAGCCAGGACCCGAACCCACCUGGACCAACGCCGCGGGGCCAGGAGCUCAACUGGGAGUAUGGGUUUUAAUCGCCACUCUCUUACUUACGAUAUGUAUUGAAUUUAGAUAGAAUUUCGUCUUUCUUCGCAUAACAGAAACCUUUGUACCCCGGAUAUUCUAUUCUAGGAUAUUUAAAACUUUUACAUGGUGUAGAAGAAGAAGAAGAAGACGACGACGAGCAUAAUGCAGUUUUUACGGAAUCUUUCAAUCUAAUGUGGGAUCAAUAGCAUUAAUUGAGAUGUUUGUUUAUGAUUUGUCAUGUUGACGUGUUUAUAAAAUGAGUAAUUAAUCGACAUAUGUAAUGACAAUAAACUCCUGCACAAAUCAUAAACGUGCACUAUCCAAUUGUGUUCAUUUGAUUAGAUUUGCACCGGGAUUUUUAUUACUUUUAAUACCAAACAUUGAAGAGGCAACUCCCGUGGUAUAUCAACUGUGAAAUCGUGAAAUCCAAUUUGCCAACUUUCAGUUCACCCCUUAAAUUAACCAUGUAGCAAUUAGGCCGUGUGAGCAGUCAGGAGAUUUCAACCAAUCGGACAAAAACAACCAAAUCAGGAUGCACAUCCCGAUCUGGAAGGGUCAGCCAUUGCGGUAGCCAAUCAUCGGCAAUAGAAUAGGUCACGUGAUAUGUCUGGAAUGGUUUUGUAAACGAAGUGACGCAACC